CUUGAUAGUUCUAGGCGAAACACAAAAAAACUCCCAAGGGGAAAAACUGGAACAAAAAAAAACUUCCACUUGUUCAAAAAAUAGAAAAGCAAAAACACAGACCGCCCAGGUGGUAUCAGUACGGUGGACAGCUCCGCAGCAGCACAGAAGAGAGAGAACGGCAGAUCCAUUGAGGAGCAACGACAAUUCUUCUAGACUCUCACUCCUCCCCACGCCGUAGGAACACGGGCACAGACAACCUCGAGAGCACUUAAUUCCUGAGCAAAACUAUUGCACUGUCUCCAUAAAAGAUGGUAACCAGUGGUCCUCUCGACCAACAUUAUAUGAUAUCCAGCACAAAUGGGGCAGUGGAUGAUGAGCCAGAUACUGUUACAACAUCUAAAUAUUAUGACUACUAUGAUUAUGAUCCAGCAGUCAUCUGUGUUUAUGGAGAUCAUGGAGCUAGAAUUCUUCCCACUUUAUACUCCCUUUAUUUUGUGGUGGGCUUUCUGGCUAACAUGCUGGUGGUCUGGGUUGUCUGCAUGGCUGCGAAGCUGAGAAGCAUGACUGACAUCUGUCUCCUGAACCUGGCUUUAGCUGACCUGCUCCUGCUGUCCUCUUUCCCCUUUCUUGCACACUAUAUUAGAGACCAGUGGAUCUUUGGAGAUGUAAUGUGCACUGCAGUCUUCAGUGUCUACUACAUUGGAUUUUACAGUGUGAUAUUCUUCACUGUACUGAUGAGUAUUAAUCAAUACAUUGCUAUAGUUCAUGAUGUGCUUGCAAGGACAUAUGGAAUCUUAGCCAGUGUAGUCAUAUGGAUUAUUGCUGUUUCUGCAUCUUUUCCUGAGGUGAUGCACUUCAAAACCAACAAUUUCAAUCAACAAAUCGUUUGUGGUUUGUUUAAUCCAACAGGUGAUCAAAAUUUGUACUUUUCUUUGAAUAUUUUUAGUAUCUUUAAAAUGAAUCUCAUAGGUUUAGUUAUCCCUCUUUUCAUAAUUGGAUUUUUUUACUCAUUGAUUUUGAAGAGACCCCUGACAGCCCGUUCUUCCAGAAAGCAGAACAUGUGCUAUGUCAUCAUUGUGUUGGUGGUGUUCUUCUGCUGUUAUGCUCCAUAUCACAUUGCUGCUUUUGUGAAAGUCUUAGAGAUGAAAGAAAUCAUAUCUAAUUCCUGUGAUUUGAGUAAAGCAAUCAAUCUAAGUCUGCAGAUCACAGAAGCUUUGACCAACUCACACACCUGCAUCAAUCCCAUUCUCUUUGUGUUUGUGCAAGAGAAAUAUAGGAAACAUCUUGUCAGUCUCCUCUAUAAGACACCUUGUGGUAGACUGCAUUUUAUGAAUGAUAACCCUACACAGGCCACAGAAUCAGUGUACUUACAGAACACUGAGAGGCCUGGUACAGUAGUGUAAAUGGAGAACUUGAGAAUUAAUUUUAAAUUAAUGUACUGAUUUGGUAAUUUGUUUGGAAUCUACAAUCGUUGCUGUACAGAAGAUAUUAAUUGUUGGGUAACUGCUUCGUGUGUCUAUUGUGUUUGUUACAAUUCUUAACCAUCCUUUUACUGUAUAUGUAUUUUAUCACUUGGAACCAAUAUAUGAACUAAUUUUAUUUUUAUUUUUGGUAUAUGCUUUAAAUUGAGUAUAAAAAGGAUUUAUGUUCACUCUGGAAAUAUGUAUGCCUGUAAAGGUACAGAUUUGUAGGGUGCUGCUCUAUCUCAGUGUCAGCCCACUAAUCAUUUUCAAGCUUGUUGAACUACAAAUCUGUAAUAUGUGUAGCUUGAAACUAGUUGUAAUAUUUCAAUUCAUAUUCAAUGAAUGUGUUUAGUGGAAGGUUGUUCCCAUUUAUAUAUUCAGAACCUGUAAAGGGAUGGGAUAGGAACCCAUCCCCCCCCCC